AUGGAAAAGAAGCGUUGUAAGUGGCUCCAGGUUGAUCUGUUAUCUCUAAUACUAAUCACACACGGACGUCUUCCCGGAGGGUGGAGACUUGUGUCCUACAUUUCUAUCAUAACUCAGGUAGCAAACAUCGGACCGCUGUUCGUAACGCUCAUGCGCACCAAAGCUCCAGGAAAGCUGGAUGAUACAGUUGUUGUCUAUGUUAUCCUGGGAAUUGGGUGCAUUGCUUGUUUACUGCUAGCGUUCUUUUGGGAUUCGACAAGUCACGUGGCUGGUGUUGAGAGAAGUACGUGGUUACUAACGCUGACAGGAUUUCUGGCUCUCGUAGAUUGCACGACCUCAGUGGUUUUCUUGCCAUUUCUGGUCAAAUUCCAAGAAAUUUAUCUCACGGUUUAUUUCAUUGGUGAAGAAAUGAGCAGUCUUGUUCCAGGGGUAGUUGGCUUAAUUCAAUGAAUAACUGCUAUUAUAAAUGGCGUGAAAAAUACAGUGUUGCCAUCAAUAGCUACAUUCUUAAGUUUGCCGUAUGGAUUACGUAUUUAUCAUUUGACAGUCAUUUUAUCUUUAAUUGCCAACUCGCUUUCUUGUUUUGCCGCUAUGACAGGACAGGAAGUUCUUGGUAAUUUGUCCGGUUAUGCUCUUAACGAUUAUGAUGAGCUUGUUGGAGCGUUGAGCGAGCGAUUUGCACCCUCAAAUCAGACAGAGCUCUACCGAGCAAGGAUGAAGGAACGCAAAAUAAAGCAACAGAAACACUUUCAGAACUGGGACAAAAUAUAA